AUGGUCGAUAAGUCGCCCAAAAUUUUCGGGGUCCUAGUCGGGGUGCCACGUGGUUCCGGUCCAAGAAAGGUUUGGGCGACCUUGAUUCACGAAGAUGAAAUCGAAGUUACCAAGUGGGUUGAUGCGGCGCAAAGACGAGGUGUUUGGAAUGGGAAACCUGUAGAUGUUCCAGUGGCCAAAACGCGUGGAAGGCGCGAUACACGGUCUAAAAGCCAUACAAGAUUUAGACCUUUCGAAAUUUAUGGUCAUUUGGUUGGACGCAACGGAGAAGUAGUGGGAAUCGUCUCCGAAGCUGCUUGGGGACGAACCAUUGCCCUUGGCGACCGCACCCUUGUCUACGAAACAUUCGCGAGGCUACAAGCACAUGGCUGUUUAUUCGUUGGUAUCAGUACCGGUCAAGUUCUCAUCGCAGAUGGCAAAGUUCGCCUUUUGGAUCUGUACCUCUCGAUUGCAACCCCCGAUUUUGGCCUCAGGCUCCGCGUAUGCUACUCGCACCGACACCAUCCCCCGAGCAUCCUCUGA